CUGCAUUGUUCUCCUUUUAGCCCGAAUACCCACCAGAAGGGCCUUAUCCGAGGAAUUUGUGCCCUUAUCAAGGCCAGCUAUUGUAGGCGUCGGUCUUUCGAUACCGAAGAGUCGUCUAGCUAUGACAAAAAAUCUACGGAAACCUCCGAAAUUACGCUUGCUGAAUGCCUUCCAAGUGAAAUUCUUCUUGCUAGUGGCUUGUCCUCGAGCUUUUUAGAUAUUCCAAUGGCAAACGGCGGCGAAAAUGAUAUUCUUGCCGAUUCUGAUUUAAUUAGUAUGGACCUCUUCUCUGAUUUACGCGCAGUCAACGAACCACAUCACAACUUUAGGAGUCGACGAUCAUCAUGGCCACCAUCACAAUAUGGUCCGCGCCACCGCGCUGGUGACAGACAGUCUUCCUUUCGAGACAUUCGCCAACGGCGCUGGGAUCACUUUUCAGAUCAGCAACAGCAGAAAACAGUGCCUGCCUGGGAUCAAGAUGAUUACAAUCAUCAUCGCGACAAGAUCGAACCCGAGCGUCGGAAUUAUCAAUUUUCCCGAGGUCUGACAGAGGGCGAAUCGUCUCGUUCUAGUGAUUUUCGACAGGCAGACCAAGCAAAGCGCCAUCGAAGUUAUUCCAAUGCACGAUACAACAAUGAAGAAGAAUAA